UUAACAUCAUGCUCUGUGUGUUUGACAGUUCCACCAUGGGGCUGUAUGUGACAGCAGACUUUGGUUAUUAAAGGAUUCUCACUGUGAUGAUCAUGUUGGAAAGUUUCUUUGUGUUUUCAGUUCAGUCUCUUCGUCUUUCCUCCAUGGAGUCCACACUGACAGACAGCAACAGUACUUCUACAGAGUUGUUGAGCAGACUGAGAGUCGGGGAGGAACAACUCGAAGAUCUGAGGACAAAAAACAGAGAGCUGGAGCUGAGACUGAGUGUCAGUGAGAAACAUCUGGAAGAUCUGAAGACAGAACACACAGUUCACUCUGUCCAGCUUUCCUUGCUGGAGUCCAGACUGACAGACAACAACAACUCAGCAGCUCUGGAGCUCAGACUGAGAGUCAGUGAGACCCAGCUGGACGACCUGAGGACAGCACACACAGUCCAGGAAGCCGAGCUGUCAGCUGUGACUUUCAGACUGAACGUCACUGAGGAGCAGGUGGAUGAGCUGAGGACUCAAAAUACAGUGGGAGCAGCCGAGCUGCGUUUUGUUUCUGACAGAGCGACUGCAGCUCAGAGAGAGGCUGAAGUGCUGCAGGUCCAGCUGACAGCUGGCGAGGCCGCUGUGAACCAGCUGAAGGCAAAGAGUGAAGAGCUGGAGCUCAGACUGAGAGUGAGUGAGAAACAGCUGGAAGAUCUGAGGACAGAGAGCACAGACCAGCUGAAGGUGGCGUUUUCAGCCGGUCUUACUGAUUCAGGAUCAGUUGGACCAUUUGAUGAAGAGACGACUCUGAUCUUCUCUAAAACCAUCUGCAACAUCGGACAAGCCUACAACCAGACUGCAGGUGUGUUCACAGCUCCGGUCAGAGGCGUUUACUUCUUCAGCUUCACGGCUGCAGAUUACCUGAAGGGCUACAUGGGUCUCUACCUGUACAGGAACAACCAGCCAAUCAUCUUCAACCUGAACCUGAACGAUCAUGGCGGCUAUGCUUCCAUGUCUAACGCCGUGGCUCUGCAGCUGGAGGAGGGCGACCAAGUCCGCCUCAGUCUGCCGGCCAGCUACCGACUUUAUGACGACUCCCGAAACUUCAGCGUCUUCUCUGGAUUCCUGCUGUUCCCGCUCUGACAGACCCAGGAUCAGGGUCCGAGUGAGACAUCAUCCAAACAAUAAGCUCCCAGAACCAACAGAGGAAAAUAAAACGUGUUUGCAUCUAAUAAAGCUUCUUCACAUCUCAGGAACACCUGGAGGGAACAGAUGAUUAGAUUUCAGAGGUCAAAGGUCAUUGUGACCUUUUUGGCCAUAAUUCAAGAGUAUUACACUAAAGAUUUUACUCACAAUUCCCAGUUGGGCAAAUUUUGCCCAGUCUGCCCAGUCUGCGGUAGCUGACCUGACCUCAGUCGCAGUCAAUCAAACAUGCUUGAAUUCUUUGAGUUCGGCAGCGUGAACUGAUCACACACUCAGCUGGUCUGUGUGUUUAAACUGUCCAGGGUUUGAUUCGUUCAGUUGGUUUGACACAUCAUGUCUGUGAGAUCUGCUGAAGCCCGUCUGUUAGCGUGUUAGCAUGUCCUGUGAAGACUGAAAGUUGUGCAGUGUGUCCCCAGAUUAAAGCUGUUUCCAGAACAGCUCGGCUGCUGUUUACACUCCCGUCAGAUCAGCUGACCAACACAAGCAUCACAAGUCAGAACU